CGGCGAAGGUGAACAGCUCAUACACUCUCAAUACUUUAUAUUCCCUCAGUAUAUCCGUACAUUGACUGACGCGAUGUCAUGGCUAUUUGCAGCCAUCGGCUGUCUUGCCGCAGCUCUCAUCGGUUACCAGGUGAUGGAAGCCCGUCGACUGCAGCACAUUCCUGGCCCCAGGCUUGCACCUUGGACGAAUUUUUGGCUCGUUUACAGUCAACUCACUGGCCGUAUACACCUAAUUCUUCACCAACUCAUUGAACAGCAUGGGCCUGUUGCAAGAAUUGCUCCAAAAUGGGUUGUGUGCGGCGACCCUACCGAGAUCCGACGUAUCUGGGCUGCAAGAUCUCCAUGGAUAAGAGGCGAAUGGUACAGGGGUAUGCGGAUUGACCCGUACCGGGAUAGCUCAUUCUCCACUCGGAGUGACGAUUUACAUAGCGCGAUCCGGCAAAAGCUUCUCCCAGGUUACAGCGGUCAUGAUGUCGACAACGUUCAUGGGCUCAUCGAUGAGCAGGUCAAGCGGUUUGUCGACCUUAUAGAUACUUACCUUAACACCAGCGGUGGCUCACGUGUCAUAGACAUGGCUCAGAAGGUGCAGUACUUUGCUCUCGAUACGAUUUCAUCUCUCGCAUUUGGAGAUUCGUUUGGAUUUCUAAAGCAAGACGAGGACAAGUUUCGCUACAUUGAAACGACGGGGCAAACUGUCUACAUCCUUGUUGCAACAACGCUGAUACCUGGCAUGGUCCGCACGAUGCAAUCACCAUACCUUAAAUGGCUGGCACCGAGCGUGAAAGAUAUGGCCGGCAUUGGCGACGUAAUACGGUUUGCUGAGAGGGCUGUUGGGCAACGGUUCGGAGCCAAUGCAAUGAUUCAACGUGAUAUGUUAGGUUCUUUUGUCAAACACGGACUGGGGCAAAAGGACGCUGAGGCUGAGGCACUUGUGCAGAUUAUUGCUGGCUCAGAGACCACUGCGACGGCCAUUCAAGCAACCAUCUUACACAUUAUUACCACCCCUCGUGUCUACCGACGACUGCAGGAUGAAAUCGACGAGGCAAUCACAGCUGGCCGCAUAUCAUCCCCCAUCACCAAUGACGAGGCAGAGAACUUUAAGUACUUGAAGGCGAUUAUUUUAGAGGGCAUUCGCAUAUUUCCACCUGCUGCAGCGCUGUAUCCCAAGGUAUCUCACAAGGACCAAGUAAUAUGCGGAGUACACAUCCCCGCGGGUACUAAUGUUUCAUGGUCGCCAUGGAGUAUCAUGCGCAACGUGGCCAUCUUUGGCAAAGAUGCCGCUUUAUUCCGGCCUGAGCGGUGGAUGGAGGAUAAUAGGCCUAAGGAUAUGGAACGAACUGUCAUGAUGGCGUUUGCCAUGGGAAGUCGUUGGGAGUGCCUCGGGAAGAAUAUUGCCAUGGUUGAGCUUAACAAAAUCUUUGUUGAGUUGUUUAGGCGAUUUGAAUUCACGUUGGCUAAUCCGGUGAAGCCAUGGAACUCGUUCAAUGCAGGGAUGUUCGCGCAGAGUGAUCUUAAUAUCCUAGUUAGUAGAAGGGAGUCGCAGAAAUCUAAUGCAUGACUGGGUAGCUGUAUUCUUCUUGCAUAUACUUUAGCUAACUUAAACUUAAUCUUUUGUUAUAAAAUUACUGUAACGAAGUCGCUUGCACUACGUAGGGCUCUAUCCUAUGUAGUAGAAUAGUGGCGGUAUAAGUGGACUAAGUCCAAGAGUAGUAGUAAUAAAGAGUUGGUUAAGCGGUCGUUGAGGGGUUAUCCUCAAUUAUCAAGUAAUUGCUUAGAUUGAUCACUGAAGAUCUGAA